AGUGGAAGGAGAGCAAAGAAGAAGGAUCAAUCCAGCAGGGAGACAGGGAGAAAGCUGUGUGUGUGUGGCUGUGUGUGUGUGUGCAGUAGAGACAGAGAGGGAGGGAGCGAGCAUCUAUACUAGGGCAGUGAGGAGGUGAAAGUGUGUGUUUUGUGUAUGUGAAUGAAAAAGAGGCUGCACAAUACAGCAGCUCAGGCUGGCUCACACCGACUCAUGUUUCAAGAAUGUUAGGAGAGGAAAGAAAAUGAGUUUUACUUCUUUUUCUUCAAAUCUAUUUUAUCUGAUGGAUCUUUGAAGUUUUUUUUUCCUGGUUCUAUUUUACUCUUUAUGGUUUAUCGAGGAGGUUACUGCAGACGCAACAAGGAGCAACUCAGACGUUUGCAAAAAACUUAAAGCAUGGGUUUUAGGAGGAAGCCAGUCUCAAGGGAUAGCCAUGUUUUGUCUCCAUGACAGCUUUAUCACUCAACCCUCUCUGCAGUGACCCCCUGCACAGCAAAGGAUGCUGGGAAAUAAUGAGCACUUUUAUCCCAGUCAGGACGACAAAGAUGGGGAGGAUGAGGAGGAGGAAGAGGAGCAAGGACGAGAAAUAAGAAAAAACAAAGUUGAACGCGACCCACAGAAUGGAGGACUGGAGGGUCUGUUAGAGAAGGAAAUGACCGGAGGACGGCAAUCCUGGGAAGGGAAAGGAGGGGAAGGUGUGAAGCCAGCAGCCAUUGUGGUUGGUAGACAGAGAGUAGACCGACCAGUGAGGCCAGGUAACCCAGGCAGCCGGGGCACCCCGUACAUGCCCAAUCAAGCCCCUGUUCAUCAGCAUGGUGCACACAAGCAGCAGCAGCUUCAGCUCAUAGCAGCAAAGAGGCGGGCUCUGAUGGAGCGCAGCAUGACCACCAUGGCACCGUUGGAGGACACCUUCCUGCCCAUGAUGGUGUUCCGCAUCGGAAUUCCAGACAUCAAGCAAACAAGGUGUCUCCAGUUUGAUCAGGACUGCACGGUGUGGAAUGCUAAGCAGCAGAUCAUCUGCUCCCUCGGUGAAUCACUGUGGGACGCUUACAACUACGGCCUCUUCCAACCGGCUGGAGAAGGAGCGGACGCCAAAUUCCUGGAGGAGGAACGGCCCCUCAGGGAUUAUGCACAGUCCUUUGAGAAAGGGGUUCCCUACCUGGAGUUUAGGUACAAAACCAGGGUUUAUAAACAGACCAAUCUGGAUGAAAAGGCUCUUGCUAAGCUCAGCUCAAAGGCCAGUCAGAAGAAAUUUCUGGAUUACGUUCAGACUGGAUCACUGGAGAAAAUGGCUAAAGUUCUGGAAAAAGGUCUUGAUCCAAAUUUUCAUGACCCAGACAGUGGAGAGACUCCGCUCUCUGUGGCCGUGCAGUCUGGAGUGUCUGCAGAUGGCAUCAGGCUGCUGGUUCUGGGAGGGGCUCACAUGGACUUCAGAAGCAGAGACGGCUCAACGGCGAUGCACAAAGCUGUCAAAGCUCACAACCAUGCUGGCUUACUGGCUCUUUUAUCUCUUGGAGCAUCUCCGGACUACAAAGACCGCUGUGGCCUGACCCCGCUGUACCACACUGUGCUGGCAGGGGGCGACACUUCCUGUUGCGAAACUUUGCUUUAUUACAGGGCGAAGCUUGGGACGAGGGAUGAAAAUGGUUGGGAUGAAUCUCAUCAGCACAGGGAUGAAGAGGAGUUUGGAAUGGAAGAAAUUCAUAAGGCUUGCCAAAAUGGUUUUGCUCAACACUUGGAGCAUCUGCUGUUUUAUGGGGCAGACACUGCUUCUCAAAAUGCCUCAGGGAACACUGCACUUCACAUUUCAGCCCUGUACAAUAAGGAGAGCUGUGUCCGUGUUCUGCUGUACAGGGGAGCAAACAAAGAGGCAAAGAAUAAGCACGGUCAGACCCCUUUUCAGGUCGCAAUAAUGGCUGGCCACUUUGAACUCGGGGAGAUCAUCAAAAACCACAAGGACUCUGACAUUGUGCCAUUCUUGGAAUCCCCAAAGUUUGUUCCCAAACGAAGAGAGAGUUCGCACACGCUGCCCCUUCCCUCACUUCAGUCCCACCCCCUGCUGCGUGCCAACAGCGAUAACACCAUGAUCCAAUCUGACCCUUUGGCUCCUCCCAACAAGCCCACAACCAAUCCCCAUCCUGCACAGGGGCAGCGUAGGGCCUCCAUAGGCAUGAGAAGCUCCAGCAGUCCCAGAACUCGCACCCGAUCCCCCUCCAGAGGAAGAGGAGGUCAGAGUGACACAGAGGAGAGACACCGACAGCCAAGAGGAAGACAGGGUGUAACCUCAGCUGUCAGUGGGACAGCUCCAAUGAAGCGGAUGUACAGCGCCGUGCCAGGGCGAGUUUAUGUGGCCACUCGCUCCCACUCUGCCAGUGGAGACCGAGAGCUCUCUAUUAGCAAAGGGGACAAAGUUAAGGUCAUAAGUGUAGGAGAAGGGGGAUACUGGGAGGGGACAGUAAAAGGACGCACUGGCUGGUUUCCUUCAGACUGUGUUCAAGAGGUGGCUGCUCCAAGUAAAGAAAAAGAGACGCGCAGUGAAAAAGCCAAAAGGAAGCUCUUCCGUAACGUCACCGUGGGAGCUUAUGAUGGCACUGAUGGCCCCAGUGACUACAUCAUUAAGGAAAAGACUGUGCUUCUACAGAAGAAAGACAAUGAAGGCUUUGGCUUUGUACUUAGAGGAGCCAAAGCUCAGACUCCCAUAGAGGAGUUCACUCCAACGCCAGCUUUCCCUGCACUGCAGUACCUGGAGUCCGUUGAUGAGGGGGGCGUGGCGUGGCGAGCUGGCCUCAGAAUGGGGGAUUUCCUCAUUGAGGUCAAUGGCCAGAAUGUGGUUAAAGUCGGUCACCGGCAGGUAGUGAACAUGAUCCGGCAGGGCGGCAACAGCCUUAUGGUGAAGGUGGUAAUGGUUGCCCGAAACCCAGACCUGGAGGACACUGCUCGAAAAAGAGCCCCGCAGCAAACGAAAAGACUGACUCCUCCUGCCAUUGCCCUGCGCUCCAAGUCAAUGACAUCAGAGCUGGAAGACAUGGUGGAAAAAGCAGCCUCACCAUGGAAAAAAAAAACAGAAUUCGAGUCAUCUCAGGCUCCAGAUAAGAAGAGGACAGUCUAUCAGAUGGCAUUAAAUAAACUGGAUGAAAUAUUGGCUGCUGCCCAACACACUAUUACAUCAGACAACCAGGGCCAUAGAGGUCAUGGAGGCAAGAGGGACCGGAGCAAGAGUAUAGUUCCCAACGAGCAGCCUUAUGAGCAGCAGUCAGUUGUACAGAGCGGACCAGGUUUCGGCUACAACCAAGCUCACUUUCAGCCAGGCCACGGGUCGCAGCACCCUGGAAUGAUGCGUCAAAAAUCAAUUGGUUUAACAGAUGAAGAGCGUCAGUACCUUCACCCACCUGCAAUGAAACUAGCUCGCAGCUUAUCAGUGCCAGGACCAGAAGAAAUUCCCCCACCCCCAAACACAUCUGCACCAGAGCCACCUUUGUCUGCAGGACCUUACACUGGUAGAGGGCCUGCUAUGCCAAUUCCCUCUGUACCUCAAGGCCACUACCAGCUCCACUCUCAGCCAGGCCAUCCUGCUCAAGGUGGCUGGGAGAGGGGAGGGCCUGGUGUGAUGAACCAACCAGUUAUGGUUCCCACACUCCGCAGACAAUCGGAAGGGCUUUGCAUCAGAGAACCAGAUGUACCUCGGAGAGGUGGUGGUAAGAUGGGAGGGUUAAGAAGGGGCUACAGUAGUGCUACACCCCCAACAAGUGCUAAGCCUAAGGCCCAACAGCCACAACAGCAUCCCACACAAGUGACCAGCCGGGAGCAGGGAGGGGGAGGUGGUAGGAACGUGGCAAAAAGGGGUGGACGUGGAGCUUUAAUAAAGCAGUCAAAGGUGGAAGAUGGACAAAGACAGCAUCGAGGCAAAGGAGGUGCCACAAAAGAGAAAAGCUCAAUUCCCAUUCCCACCAUUAUCGUCAAAGCCCCCUCCACUAGCAGCAGUGGUCGAAGCAGUCAGGGCAGCAGCAUGGAGGCCGAGCCCUCUCAGGAGGCUGAGGACCAAACCUCUGGAGAUGCAACCACAGAAAGCCCCAAUGCAAGUCUGCCCUCUCCACUCACCUCCUUGCCACCUCAGACUCAAACAUCUUUACAGUCGUCAACUGUUGCUCCUGCUGUUUCCUCACAGCAAAAUCUGGAAAAUGUCGACUACACCUCAACAUUUAACAAAGCACUGGAAGGAUCAGGGGCUCGCAGAGAAAGGGAACGUUUCAGAGAGAUGAGACGAAAGAGUGCCUCUUUCUUUCUUUCAUCUGAGGAGGACAUCCAGGGGGAAGCAGGAGGUGGAGCAGGGGAGGGAGGAGGAGCAUCAGGGACCCGAAUUCAGCCAUUACAGGGGUCACAAAUAGAAGUGCCCACGCCUCGACUUCGAUCCUCCAAGUCUAUAGAUGAAGGCAUGUUUUCUGCAGACAGCUAUGUGAACUAUUCUAGUAGCAUGCCCCCGGCAUUCGGUCUGCCUGAGUACUCUUCUCCAAUUCUUGGUCAAGAUGGCCAACCCAAGUCAGCUCCUUCAUUGUAUGGAUCCCAGCCAGCUACUGCAUUCAUUCAUCCACUGACGGGAAAAGUUUUGGACCCCUCUUCUCCUCUUGGAUUGGCUUUGGCUGCAAGGGAGAGGGCCCUUAAAGAUGACCGCAGGCCACGCCGAGAGGACAGACAUUUUGGCCGACAGAUGUCUACAGUUGGAUCUUUUCCAACUCCGAUUCAGACUCCCACACCUUCGCUUUUUGCUACCCCAACACAAUCAACCUAUACAUCUCCAGUUUCUCUCCACCUUAGCUCGCCCACAACUACCACCUCACCUGCGUCUUUGAGCCGACCACAGUCACCAAGGAUAUUACGUUUGGGAGGAGGUGGAGAAAGAAUAGAGAGAGAAAAGGAAGGAGGACACAGAGAAGGCCUUAGAGUUCGCUUCUCUGAGGACAGAACCAGUCAGUCGUCAACCCAGUACUACUCUCAGAGCAGCAGGGAGAGAGAGAUGGACCAUUAUGACAGCAGAUCUGCUCCACCGCUACAUCCUCCUCCUCCUCCCACUCAACCAGCCCCACGUAGACCAUCCUAUCUCCAAAUGGAGAACGCUCAUAACACCAGCUACAUUCCUCAGUACACUGUUCCAACAGCUCCAUCACAUACAAAUGACAGUACAAGAGAAGCAAGAGCUGAGGCCGGUGGAGGCCUAGGUCUAAUGGUUUUACCUCCACCAGCUCCCUCAAUAGAUGUAGAUGAAGAGUUUGUCUUUGCAGAUCCAUUGCCCCCACCACUACAGUUUGCCAACGGUAAGAAUGAGAGGGUCCAGGAGUUCGCUCAGCACCAUCAGCAGCAAGGUCACCACUCAGUUUGUCCUGGCCCACCAACUCAUUCAUCUUCAAAGUCCACAAAUGUACAUCAUUCAUCUUCACAAGGUGGGGAUUCUGCUGGUUCCAGUCUCACUUCUUAUGAUAGUGAGGUAGCUAACCUCACACAGUCUGCUCUGUCACCAUCCUAUCCCUCUCCACAAAUAUUUCCCCCAUCUUCUACCAACACUACCACAACUGGGAUGUCAUUACACAGACCACAGCCCAUGUCCCAUUCACAGUCAUAUUACAACAGCUCCAGUGACUCCCCAGUAAGUGUUCACACUCCCGCCCAAGACAGAGGAACGGCGGCACUCACUACCACCAUGACCUAUGCUACCACCACUAUGACAGCAACUGCAGCUGCCACAACCACUACAACCUCUCCAGCGUCCUCGGAUUAUAGCAUGACCUUGGCUGGGCGCAAGGCCAGCCUCAGCAUAGAGGGCAAAGCUGCAGACCACAGUCAACACUCUACAGUCAUGCCCAAAAGUGGAGACUGGCAGGAUGCUGUGGUGGACUCUGGAAUUGAGGAGCUAGACAGUCACAGCAGUAGUGACCAUCAUUUAGAAAUGCUGGGUUUAAGGGGAGACAGAGGAGGGCAUGGCGGAGAUGGAAGAGGAGGAAAGGAGGAGAGAGGCACCGAACAUAAGGAUUCCUAUGCUGCAUAUUCAGUCGGGCAAGCGUUUGAGGGGCAUAACACCAAACUAGCAAAUCCUGUCUUUCCAAAGAUGAGUCAAUACAAAGAAGGAGGAGGAAGGAUCCAACCUAUUGCUCUACGAAGGCAGAGCAGCACCAACCCUGCUCCUUUGCAAUUAAAACGACAAAACAACCCAGAAGAUUCUUGUUUAGAUGGAACUUUUGCAGAUGAGAAGAAGCACAACCCCAGUCGAUCUAAAAUGGAGGAUGGCUUUAGCUCUGCUCUGGUGACCUGUUUAGAAAGGCCCAUGGACUCUCGAUCAGUGGUCUGGGCAGAAAUGGCGGAAAAUGAUCAAGGUGCAGUUCAAGGGGGUAGUAUUGUUUUAGACGGUCGUAGACUCCACUCUCCUUUUUCAGGCGUAAAAGCCAGCAUCAUCAAUGAGCUAAGUUCCAAGCUACAACAGAUGGGUAGCAUGAAGAGCAUGGAUGACUGGAGUCAUGCUCCAAAGUCCCCCACCAUGCAUAGGUAUUCAGCAGAUUUCACUGAUGCAUUCCACAGCCCGCCUACUGGACGCUCCACUUCACCGCUACCGACCUCCUCCCCACAGCACCAUCAGAUCCUGACACCCAACCUCUCGGCCACCCCUUCUGUUUCACCUUCUUCUCAAGUCCCAGUUCAGCACAACUGGACCCGAUCCCCUUCUCCACAGGUGCCUACCUCCCCAGUGCAUUCACACCCUCCCCAUUCUCCGACAUACUGCCCAUACCCAACAUCACCUAAGCACAGAUCCAAGUUUCGUAGGCAGACUUUUGAUUUUCAAUGUAGUCCCACUAAGGAGAGGAGGUCUUCCGUCUCAAGACGCCGAGCUCCCAGCCCUCUCAUCUACAACACCGAACAGUCAAACCCCACCCCUCCCAGACCUUCUUCUCUCCCCAUUCUUCCCACAACACCCGUCUACAACAAUCCCUUCGACUUUUCCAGUCCAUUCACUCCUCCAUCUCCUGGCCUCCCUGUGGCAGACCCCUACCAAGCAUCAACUCCCCCGCUCUUCUCCCCCUCUUGUGUUCCAAGUGCAAACCCCCUGCUUGUCUCUCGCUCCAUCUCCCCCACUCCAUUUUUCUCCGGGGCUUCCUCCCCCAUGCAUCUGCCACCUAGUCCCUCAUGUCUCAGCUAUCCCCACGUCAACCCUCCUCCACCAACUAAACCAUUUGCCAUUAAGCCUCUCCCCUACUGGACCAAGUACGAUGUGGCCGACUGGUUGGCUUAUCUAAAUCUGGGUGAACACAGAGAGCGUUUUAUAGAUAAUGAGAUAGACGGAUCUCAUCUGCCCUCGCUCACUAAGGAUGACUUCUUGGACCUGGGAGUGAUACGUGUGGGACAUCGAAUGAACAUUGAGAGGGCGCUCAAGAAACUCACGGACAGGCGUCUCUCCUCCCCUUUGCAUGUCAAUACCUCUCCCCGAGACACUGACUGAAAGAGUGAUUCAAAGAGAGGGAAAGAAACAAAUUGACAGAGAUGAACAAUAACAGAAGAUUUGCAAGAAGAGAACAGUGGACCUCAACAGGUUAAGUUUUGUUAAGACCAAUAGAUCGUUGAUGGUUUGGUGAAGUGUCAAGCGUGCAGAGGUUGUUGUUAUGAUGUUCGUGGGACGGGAGUGAUCAAGGCUAGAGUUAUUUAAAGCUCUUCAAUUAAAAAUGUACACUUUUGACAGACAUGCGUUUAAUUAAUGCCCCGUUUUUUCCUGAAGAAGAAAACACACACACUGACAGAUGGAUUCUCACACCAUCUGCUGCUUAGCAGCAAUGAACAUUCUGAGUCUAAAAAGAAAAGUUACAAAACUUCUGCUCAAAUUCUGAUACCUAGCAGUUGUGUGUUGAUUGUGGCUAAAUCCGACACACCUCCUAACAUCAGUUUAGUUGUCUCCAGUGCAUCAAGUGGCUUUGACAAUGUGAGCCACAGUCAUAAUGAGGCUGGUGAAGCCUUGUUUAUUUGUAAAUGUCUAUAGAAAUGAGAUAGACAAUAAUAGUACUGUUUUUAUAUAUUUGACAUAUUCCCCCAGAUGACGCUCCAAUAUGCUUUGUAUGUUUGUACUUGCAAGCUCUAAAUAUAUCUUAAAUGUUAAACUGGAUUGGUAGAACCAUUUGUUUUGUACUAUCAGCAAUCACUUAUAUCAAACUGGUCAGGGUGUUUAUAACUGUUGAAAUCAUGUGGUGAGGACUUAAUAUAUCGAAAAAUUCUUGAUGUUAAUUGAACUUUAUCCUCCUUAUUCUGCAAAAAAGCAAAGAAAAAACAGAGGUGGAAUUAGACGGGGUUGAGUAAGUCAUUUAACACCAUUUUCAGAGAGUUGGGUUUUUGGCCAUAGCAUGGGUCGAGGGAUGGAUCCAUCCUUUUCUGAGGCCAUCAUGUUGAUCCCUUUUCUCUCACAUAGCAGGUGCAGUGAUCAAAAAGGGCUUUUUUAAUGCUUUUCUGUCUGCCUGACUUCCUCAGCCUUCUGCCUCUGUGAGUCAGAGUGUUUGAUUAUGUGCGUGUGUUUGUCAGCCUGCGUUGGUAGCCAAUUCCUCCCUUGACCUACGCUUUCCUCUCCUUAAUGGCUUUUCCAAAACAUGUUUAUAGACGGAAAAAAACAUAUUUUUUUGUUGUGUUUUCUCACCAGCUGACAAUCCCAACGUUUCACACAUUGAUGCUUUAAAGGAAUGCUCUGACCCACUUUAAAGAAAGAAAAAUCCUGUGAUAAACUUAAAAUACUGUAUGUGUUACAAAUAGGUAAACCUGCAAUCCCUGGGUUUAUUUUACCAGUGCAGUAAAUUAAACUGUGCACAAAAAACACAGUUUGUUGCUCUGUAUGUAUUGAUGACAACAUUGAUAACAAAACAUAGUAUAAUAAAGAUUAGAAUAUUAAGUAUUUAAACCUUUUUAAGAAUCUCUGUCUUCCAAAUAGUGUGGACAAAUUCUUUGAUACUUUGUUUUGGUUAUGCUUUUCUUUGGGUUUCCUGUAAAUGCUUUCUAUACUGCUUGCCCCGCUUUGACCUCAUUGACCUUAGUUUAUGUAUAUUUUUACAAAAUAAGCCCAAACAAAGGACUGUAAUCUCAUGCUUAGCCGCCACAAUGCUUUAUCUCGUGACCAACACUAGUCUGAGAUCUGAAUGGACUGAGCAGUAGUAUAGAAAGCAUUACAUUCUAUGGAAUUAAAAAGCAUUUUAGGUGUAGUGAUUUGCAUAAUGAAUUUCACUAUUUAAAGUAUGACCAUACUGUAUGUAUGAAGAAAUAAAAGAUAUAUAUAUAUAAAUAUAUACAUAUAUAAAUAUAUAUGUACAUAUACAAAUAGAUUCUGUUUUGAAUAAAUUACAUAUAUGCUGAUAAACAACAUGAUAGAGGUACUAAUAAGGAGUUGAAAUAAACACUGAAAUAAACUACA